UUGAUUGCUCACUGGUCGUAUCAACUGCUCCGCUGAGGCGAAUUUGACAACAAUAACAGAGGAAACGGGGACCGAAUAAAUCACCCGAGAAUAAAGACACACCGGUGAAUUAAGUCACUUCGACGACAAAAUUUUCCUCGCAACUGCCAUUUUGCUAGCUAACGUUACGAGACAAAAUGGGGCGUAUCUUCUUGGAUCACAUUGGAGGGACUCGCCUGUUCUCUUGUGCCAACUGUGACACAAUCCUGACCAACCGAGCUGAGCUCAUCUCCACACGCUUCACUGGAGCCACAGGCCGAGCUUUCCUCUUCAACAAGGUUGUGAAUCUGCAGCACAGCGAGGUGCAAGACAGAGUGAUGCUGACAGGAAGACACAUGGUGCGGGACGUCAGCUGCAAGAACUGCAACAGCAAGCUGGGCUGGAUGUACGAGUUCGCAACCGAGGAAAGCCAACGCUACAAGGAGGGCCGUGUCAUCCUGGAGAGGGCGCUGGUGAGGGAGAGCGAAGGCUUCGAUCAUGUUUCCUCAGACACCUCCUGAGUUCACUUCAGUUGCAGUUACAAUGCUCAAUCCAUGCAUACUACAGCUUUUCCUCCUGCAGCAGUACAUGGACUUGCAUGGACCAUGUGCCAUUUGUGAGUAGAGCUACACCAAAAUAAUAUCACAGGCUGCAGCCUUUAUGGGAAGUUUAAACAAGAAGUGGUGGACAUUCUCCCCAUAACAUAAAACAUCUAAGAAUUUUCUCUCUGACGGGUAAUACCAUCGCUUCUCUACCCAUUUAAAACCACCUGCAGUUUCAGUGUGUUCCCAGCAGGCUGUGAUGUUGGAAAAUAUGUCAGUGUGGUGGGGUUUUGGCUGCUGUCAGAGGGAGAUGAUUCGCUUCUGCUCUCGUGCAAGAAGCUCAGACAGAUAAGACAGAUUGUUACGUAGAGGUCUGAAUAGCCAUGAAAGGCACUGGUGAAUUCUUAACAGAAGAUGUAGUCACUAGGCUUUAUGCUGUAAUACAUUCCUUUCCUCACGUGUUUAAUGUGAUACCAUUCUUUAUACUUAUUUGAAAUAAAUAAGUACUUUUCUUUAACAUUAGCCGUAUCAGAGUAUUCCCUGAGAACACCCAUCAUCAUCUUGAUCAUAUUGUUGUUCCAGGUCUCAGUUUGACCUAUAAACAGUUUAGACAUCCCCAUUUUAUUUAAUGUCAUGAUAAAUGAUGACAAAGUCGAUCAGAAUCUGUUUUACGGUGAUGGAAACUGCAUGUCAAUACACUCUUGCUGCAAACCUGAGUCCAUGUGCUGUUCAUUUUAACAGUUUCACAGUGAUUCCUGCUCAGUUAUUCUAAUAUUUACAUUGACUGAUGGUAAAUCAUUAAAUACUUAAAUGACAUAUAGAACAUGUUUAUUUCUUGUUGUUUUUUUGUCAAAAAAAUAAAUUCAAACAUUUAUUCACUG